AUGGAUCCAUUGAGCAUCACGGCCUCAGUGCUGGCCGUUGUUACUGCUGCUGUGCAGUCGACCAGGUCGCUGCAUGAAACUGUCAAACGAUUCAAAGAGCGCGACAAAACUUUACACAGACUCCAAAAUGAGCUUGAGGACCUCGCCAAUAUUAUGGAGUCGCUGGCACAAGUGAUCAAUUCUGAGACGUCAAUGGUGGCGCUUCUUCAAAAUCCUAUUAAACGGUGCACCCAGGUAUGCCGCGAGUUUGAACAGUCGAUGAAGGUCUUCAGUGGAAAAUCAACGACAGGCUUUCGAGAUUGGGCAAAGAUGGAAUUUAUGAGAGGCAGUAUCAAUGAAUUCAUAGACACCAUCGCGGGGUAUAAGUCAACGAUCUCAGUCGGUCUAGGCACAAUUACUAUACACACCUCCAAGGUCUCCCACCAAGUUCUUCAGGAGUACAAUGAGAUGAUCCAGGACACGGCAUAUGAUCUUGAGCUUCAUUUACAGCGGAUUGAUGAGAAAAUGGCGCGAUUCGCCAUUGAAAAAACCAAAACCUCAGACAUAGACAUCAAUCUGAAGGAUGAGAGAGAAGUGACCCAACAAUGUCUUCGUAUAUGUGAAGACGCAAAGUCUUAUAUCGAAUCAUUGACAAGUCGAGAAUCAUCUCUAUUGCAAGAGCCGUGCCAAAACGCAGCUGCUGAAAGGGAUACGGAAAGUUGCUUUGAAGCGCAGCUGCUGACACGUCGAGCUCUGGACGAAAAUCAAAAUGGCUUUGCGGAGACCAUCCUCCUCCUUCAGAAGCGUCUACAGUCUCUGGUGCUGAAUAAGGAUAAAAAUGACGACGAGCGAUUGGGAUUACAGGAAGACAUCCAUAUUUCAAAACAGUGCCUCGAGGUAUGCAAGAUGGCCAGCGAAGUUUCACAUCAGAAGAUAUACAGAAUCGGAGAGGUAGUUGCCGAAGAUGACAGUGAUCAAGUGGUGGUGACUACUUUAGCGGACCUAUUUGAUAUCAAGAAAGCUAUGUCGAAGGGCAAUGCAGCACAGUUGGUCGGCUCAAUGACGGAAGGAGCUCUUCGGCAUCUGGCCGAUAAGCGCUAUAGCAAUCGUUUUGGAGUUCCGGCCAGUGACUCUGACUUUGUUGAAGCUGGUACCAGCAGCUCACCUUCAGUCUUCGAGACUCAAAAGGGUAGAUCUGUUUUCCCAUCUCAAACUGGUGAUUACGAGCAGUCCCCCGGACUGAAAACAAGACGGAAUAGGGCGUCCCCCAAUGAGAUGAGAAAACGGGGAAUGGGUGGUGCAGCAGGCGGAGAAUGUUAUCAAUGA